AUGCAACGCGUUCGCUCUCUAUUCGGAGCUAGAUCACAGCGAGGAAAGCCACGUAAGGGCAGCGUCGAGGAAGACGACCACGCCUUCUGCUCAGUGACGUAUGCCGGCGCCACGGCCUCGUACCCGGUUCGCCGGCACGGCAAACGACAAGACGAUAGCCCUAAGUGCCCGCCGAGCGCAAAGAGCCACACCGGCAACGCGGCGCUGCGAAAUGACAGCCACACGGUCACCCAGCGCAACCAGCACUCGUCGCGCUCCGUCUGCUACUCGCACGCGCGCCCCUCGACGAAGACCACCGAGAAGGCCAACCGGACCCACGCGUCCCUAGGCUUCGUGCUCUCCCAAGCUAUCCCCGAGACGGCCAUGGAGGGCGCGUCGGACACGUGCAGCGCCGGGCAGCCGGCGUCGCGCCCGGACUCGGUUGCUAGCAGCGUCCGGCGGCGGCCGGAGCCGGCGCGCGGCGCGAUCUGCCGCCCCCGGCAGCCCGGCCUGCACGAGUCUUGCGACGUGGACGAGGCGAUGGAGCCGCGCGAGCCGCCGAUUCGCGUCGCGGAGGGCAUGGCGGCGAUCUUCCUCAGUGACGACGCCGACCUGGACACGCUGUCCGAGUCCGACGACGGGAUGCCGCCGUGGCUGGGCGGCGGGUCGCGGGCGGCGCGGUACGGCGCGAUCUCGCCGCCGCUGCCGGCGUCGUUCGUGGCGGAAAACACCGAAGGCGCGUACCCGCUGGCGGCGGUGAUCGCGGGCGGGAAACAUGACGACGCCUCGAGCGCGUCGGCCGUGUCCGGCCGGAGCGGCGCCCGCGAAUGCCUGCUGCUUUGA